AUGCCUGUACUCAUCAUCGACCCAUCCGGCGACUUCCACCUACAAGUUUUGGAAGUGGAUUCCUUUGCCUCCACCAUAUUCCUCGUCUCUCGCAGCACCCUAGAGAAGCACUGCACCCAUGACCUCGCCUCCGAAAUCCACGAUUCCCCCACCAAUUCCCUCACCCUCUACGAUGUCAACCUCUCUGCUAUGGAAACCAUCCUCCGAAUCAUCCACGGUGUUCUUGAUCUCAACACCCAUACCAUCCCCAACAUCCACUCAACAUUCGAUCAAGAAACCAUCGCAACCCUCUACCACAUCCUCGAUCUCGGCAUAAAAUGGUUCAAGACCGAAGAACUCGAACCUUGGUUCUCCAAAUUCUGGGCCGAUCGCAGCGAAAACGAAAUGUCCUUGUACGAUAUGAAAGUUAUGUUGUACCCAUCCUACAUCUUCCGCCACGCGGAAGCCUUUGCGCGAAUUACCAAAUGUCUUGUUUUGGAGUGGAGAAGUGGCGAGAUGCAUGGAUUGAAUCCGCUGACGGGGCGUGCGGAAUUUCGCUUCGAGCAUAGGAUUUUGAGUUAG